UAUAAUGGUCUUUUGAAUUCUGCAACCAAUCCCCACCAAAAUGGGCAUUUAGUUUUGUAAAUUUGAAGGCAAGUAAUAUAGCAACAUGAAACCAAAAAUAGAGAAGAAUGGUGCAGAAAUUUCCAUUGCCAAAUCCAAAUCAACGUAAAAGUCAAAUACAUCCACUCAGUUUUUUGGAAUAGUUGCCAACUUUUCUUGGUUUUACACUCUGCAGAUUCCAGUUGCCUUUCUUUAAGAAAACGAGUCAAUUAUUAAGCAGAAUAGAUAGAUACAGUAUUUGUACGUAUACAGGGGAAAAAGAGGCGACUGGUUUCUCACUCCGUUGAUUCCGCUUGUGUUCUUGCGAGACCCAUUAAGAGGGAAGCUCUCCCGCAAUCGCCGCAUUUAAAAGAGAGCAGUGAGAGAGGGGGAGAAGUGAAAAAGAUCUUCUUUUUCUUGAUUUGCCGUAUAAAAACGGGAGCUUGAAUUUAGUUUCCGACGAUCCACGAAACCGGCAUUGCUUUUCCCCAAACUGAGUUCGGCCCACCUCAAGAUUUGGUAUAUUCUGAUCUGGGCUUGAAUUGCUUUUCUUCUCCGAAGCUCACGGCGGCGGGUGUGAUGGGUCGGUGAGUCGACCCGGUGGCGCGGCCGCUAUGGGUUGCGUGUCGUCGAAGCAGACGGGGUCGGUUACGCCGGCCGCGCUGGACCACUCGGGGGCGUUCGUUGGCGGGUCGGGCCGGAGCAGGGUGGGGAGCGGCGGCGGCGGCGGUUUGGCGGCGGAGCUGGAUGCGAACUUGAAGAAGGUGAAGAAAAGAGGGUCGACUGAGUCAGGGAGCGAGGUGGGCGAGUCGGGGAGGACGAGUUCGAAUGGGUGUGGGAGUGAGUCGGUGAGUUUUAGGCUGGGGAAUCUGCAUAAGUUUGUGGAGGGGGAGCAGGUGGCGGCGGGGUGGCCGGCUUGGCUGAGCGCGGUGGCCGGUGAAGCCAUCCAGGGAUGGGUGCCGCUCAAAGCAGACUCCUUUGAGAAACUUGAAAAGAUUGGUCAGGGUACAUAUAGCACAGUAUUCAGAGCACGAGACUUGGAAACUGGGAAGAUCGUUGCUUUGAAGAAGGUCCGGUUUGACAAUUUUGAGCCCGAGAGUGUUCGUUUCAUGGCUAGGGAGAUAACAAUUCUCCGUAGGCUCGACCAUCCAAAUAUUAUCAAGUUGGAAGGUCUGAUCACAUCCCGAUCUUCAUGCAACAUCUAUCUCGUGUUCGAGUAUAUGGAGCACGAUAUCUCUGGACUACUAUCUUCCCCAGAGAUCACUUUCACCGAAGCACAGGUUAAAUGCUACAUGAAGCAACUGUUGUCUGGCCUCGAGCACUGUCAUGCACGAGGAGUGAUGCAUCGGGACAUAAAAGGAGCCAAUCUUUUAGUAGAUGAUGGAGGAGUCCUCAAGGUUGCUGAUUUCGGAUUAGCCAACUUCAGUUCUUAUGGGCAGAAGCAGCCUCUAACUAGUCGAGUUGUGACUUUGUGGUAUCGCCCUCCGGAGCUCUUGUUAGGCUCCACAGAAUACGGGGCAUCCGUGGAUCUAUGGAGCGUAGGCUGCUUACUUGCUGAGCUUCUUACCGGUAGACCCAUCCUUCAAGGAAGAACUGAGGUUGAGCAGCUGCACAAAAUAUUCAAACUCUGUGGAUCACCGCCCGAUGAUUACUGGAAAAAGUCGAAGCUUCCUCAUGCGACCUUGUUUAAACCGCAACAUCCGUAUAAGAGCUCUCUGUGGCAAACCUUCAAGGACCUACCUGAGUCUGCUGUCUCCCUUGUGGAAACUCUUCUAUCCGUGGAGCCACACAAGAGGGGUACGGCUGCCUCAGCCCUGGCUUCCGAGUACUUCAAGACGAAGCCUUACGCCUGUGAUCCAUCGAGCGUGCCAAAAUACCCUCCUAGUAAGGAGAUAGACAUUAAACAUCACGAGGAGGCUAGCAGGAAAAGGCCUGCUGGCAGAUCACGGGGGCCUGAAUCGAGGAAGCCUACUAGGAAGCAAAACGGAAUGAAUAAACUAGCCCCAGAAGAGAACUUGCCUCCUCAAAAGCAAGGUGAAAAGAAAGUGAACGGAAUCGGAGGCAGCAAUUGCAAAGCAGAGAAUGUAUUGGAUCAAGAGCCACCUAAGCAGCCAAUGAACGUGACCAAAGAGGCGUUCCAUGUGAAGAAUGCAUCUCAAGGGGAUGAUGUGUAUCCAGGCCCUCUACAAGUAUCAGGGUCGAGCGGUUUUGCCUGGGCGAAGAAGAGGAUGAUGGAUUCAUCUUUGAGGUCGCGGAGUAGGUCUAGUUCGAGGAGUCUGAUCCUUGAAUCUUCUGGUGCUAUGCAUCUGAGAAACAAUUUGGAUUCAGCCGGGGAAGAAAAGUGCGAAGGUGUGAAAGAUGGGACAAAGGACCACGACUCGUAUGAGACGUUUAAACGAUCAAUGCUCAAGAAAUGGAGCCAGUUAGAGUGUCCGGACUCUUUUGAUGGUUCAGAUGGAUACCACUCUCAAGAACUGUCGAUGGCGCUAUACCAUAAAGAGGAAGCUUCGUCUGUUAAGAGACGAAACAUGGUUUAUCAUGAUGAUCAAGGUGAGAAGGUUGAAUUUUCAGGACCCUUGCUAUCUCAAUCAAAGAAAAUUGACGAACUCUUGGAGAAACACGAGCGAUGCAUUCGCCAGGCAGUUCGAAGAUCAUGGUUCCAGAGAGUGAAAAGAAAUGGGAAGUAAGUGCAUAUUGCUAAAACUGAAGCAUUUAGAUGAGGAAAUGGAGCUAAGUAAAAAGAGUGAGGAAUGAAUGAUUUGAUGUGGAAAAGAGAGACAGAAGAGGGAAGGCCAUGACUGCUUCUUCUCCAUAUUCAUUCAUCAAAAUUGAUUUUCAUGCCUUGGAAUAUUUUUUGUAUUACUGCUCCACCACUAAUGUACAGGAAGUAUGCAUAAAUAGCUGGUUAUUCAAACCUUCCAAUGUUUCUUAUUUCCAAGAGAUGGAAAUAUAAAAGUUGAAAGAAAAUGUUUCUACUUGUUGUUUUGAUA